UUUUCGUCGAACACUAAAACCCUAAAAAACCCAUCUUUUUGUCUCUCUUUCCUCUCUGAAAGCAGAGGAAGUAAACAAUGGCGAUAAUUCCUUUAGCUCAGCUCAAUGAGCUAACGAUUUCUUCAUCGUCUUCUCCAUUUCUUGCGAAAUCGUUAUCUUCUCAUUCGUUGCAUAGUAGCUGCGUUUGCGCAAGUACUAGAAUCAGUCAAUUCCGUGGCGGCUUCUCAAAACAAAGAAGCGAUUCCACAAGGUCUAAAUCGAUGCGGUUGAGAUGUUCCUUCUCUCCGAUGGAGUCUGCGAGAAUUAAGGUUGUUGGUGUCGGUGGUGGUGGUAACAAUGCCGUUAACCGGAUGAUUUCAAGCGGUUUACAGAGUGUUGAUUUCUAUGCGAUAAACACGGACUCUCAAGCUCUGUUACAGUCUUCUGCUGAGAACCCACUUCAAAUUGGAGAGCUGUUAACUCGUGGCCUUGGUACUGGUGGAAACCCGCUUCUCGGUGAACAAGCUGCAGAAGAAUCAAAAGAUGCAAUUGCUAAUGCUCUUAAAGGAUCAGACCUUGUUUUCAUAACUGCUGGUAUGGGUGGUGGAACAGGGUCUGGUGCUGCACCUGUGGUAGCUCAGAUAUCGAAGGAUGCCGGUUAUUUGACUGUUGGUGUUGUUACUUAUCCGUUUAGCUUUGAAGGACGUAAAAGAUCUUUGCAGGCACUGGAAGCUAUUGAAAAGCUCCAAAAGAAUGUCGAUACCCUUAUUGUGAUUCCAAAUGAUCGUCUGCUAGAUAUUGCUGAUGAACAGACACCACUUCAGGACGCGUUUCUUCUUGCAGAUGAUGUUUUACGUCAAGGAGUACAAGGAAUCUCAGAUAUCAUUACUAUACCUGGACUGGUCAAUGUAGAUUUUGCAGAUGUGAAGGCAGUUAUGAAAGAUUCUGGAACUGCAAUGCUCGGGGUAGGUGUUUCUUCCAGCAAGAACCGGGCAGAAGAAGCAGCUGAACAAGCGACUUUGGCUCCAUUGAUCGGAUCAUCCAUACAAUCAGCUACUGGUGUCGUCUACAACAUCACUGGUGGAAAAGACAUUACUUUGCAGGAAGUAAACCGAGUAUCGCAGGUUGUGACAAGUUUGGCAGACCCAUCAGCCAACAUCAUAUUUGGAGCUGUUGUGGAUGAUCGUUACACCGGAGAGAUUCAUGUAACGAUAAUCGCCACAGGCUUCUCACAGUCAUUCCAGAAGACACUUCUGACUGAUCCAAGAGCAGCUAAACUCCUGGACAAAAUGGGAUCAUCAGGUCAACAAGAGAACAAAGGAAUGUCUCUGCCUCACCAGAAGCAGUCUCCAUCAACUAUCUCUACCAAAUCAUCUUCUCCCCGUAGACUUUUCUUCUAGUUUUCUUUUUGCCUUUUCGGUUUUAAGCAUCAAAAAUGUAACGAUCUUCAGGCUCAAAUAUCAAUUACAUUUGAUUUUUCUCCAAAAUGUCUCUAAAUCAAAAACUAACGUUUCG